AUGCCCAAUAAAUCUCAAACUUUAGUAUGGGCAGUUGUAUGGGCAUGGGUUGCUACCACAGUUUCUACAGGAUGCCCCAAAAUUUGCGAAUGUAAAUGGCGGGAUGGAAGAGAGAUGGUUGUAUGCCAAAAAGCCAAUUUUAUAGACGUCCCUCGAGGGCUGGAGUCAUCAACUCAAGUGCUUGAUCUUCGACACAACAACUUGAGAAUUCUUCCGCGAGAUUCCUUUGCUUAUAGCGGCCUGUUGAACCUGCAGAAAUUGUGGCUAAAUUUCUGCAAUAUAAUUUAUAAUAAGAUAAGCAAAAUUGAGGAAAGGGCUUUAAGAGUUCUCGGAAACUUAGAGAUCUUGAAUGUGGCAGGUAAUAGAAUUACUUUUUUAAAUUUUACUGAACUAAGACCACUUCAGGUUUUGCGUGUAAUUGGGAUUGAUGACAACCCUUGGUAUUGUGACUGCCGCCUUCAGCAACUCAGCCACUGGAUGCGUGAGCGGAAACUGACAGCGUCGACGCCUCCUUCGUGUUCACACCCAAGUUGGCUCUACGGGGGAGACUGGCAGGCGCUUGAUGACAAACACUUCCUCUGCGGCCCGCAUACAAUGGCUGUCGCCCCAAGAAUCUUAGCAACAGACAGAGAUAAUGUUACACUUAUGUGCAGAGUCGAAUCGGAAGUAAAAGUAAUUAUCACGUGGCUAGUUGACGAAACCCCGAUACAUAACACAAAUAAGAUACACCGUUAUAAAGUGAAACAAUCAGGAGAUCCCGAUCGUCAGCUCUAUGUGUCAAAUUUUACAAUACUCGGUGUCGUGAGAGAGGAUCAGGGAAUAUAUCGUUGCCUGGCAGAAAACAGAGCAGGAACCAUUGUAACUGAUAUAAUGUUACAAGUGUCACAUGAAGUUGCUGAGGUGCGCAGUGAAAAUGUUGAACAACUCUUCACGAGACGAGGUUUGCUUGGAGCAGUAUCAAUAGUUCUGUUUUUGGUAUUCUUCACAUGCAGUGUGAUGUAUUAUAGAGCAAAGGAUCUUAGCUUACAAAUAUCCGAAGACGACAUUCUAGGUACAACAAAGUUAACCAAGAAUUUACACGAGAAAUUAGGGUAG